UUGCUAAAGUGACUGCCCGAGCAAUAUGCCUAUCUUUAUCACGUAAAAAUCCGAAGUUUAUCAGUGUUCGCAUGGCUUGAUGGUCAUUAAAACUGUUUAUAAGCGGCUAUCUUAGAACAGUAAUUAUAUUAUAAUUGUGAUCACUCAACAUUGCUGCUAGAUAGUUUGGAACCAUGAUGCUAAGAAAGUGUGUGCUAUUAGUGGCCUUAGCGCAUAUUGCUAUUGGCGAAAAUCAUUUAUUAGUGGACAAAUUAAGACUCGAUUUCAUCGAUCUUGAGGACAAGUUGUGGAAAUUCGUGCUGUGGGAAGCCCCAACUGUCGAUAAAACCAAUGCAGAGUUUCAUGUGAUAAACAGGUUUAGUGAGUUUGAUCAAGCGAUGAAGCAGAUGCCAAAUGACAUUUUCCUAGGAACCAAACCAUUAUGGAAUAUUCACUCAUUCUUAUUCCUGCAUGCUGAAGUCGAGCACACGCAACGAAUGUACAAUAAAUUCAGGGAAUUUCUGGACGAUCAGCUGGGAAAUGACCCUUUGAUAAUCGGAGGCAAAGAAUCUAAAAUACAGAAACCCAAAAUAAGAGCAGCUGACUUAAUUAGAGAUAUAUUGGAGCCAAACAAUGGCGCUAACGCAACAGUGCACAAGGUUUAUCAUUUGACAUUCGGCGAGGAAAAUAUGGGAUUGAAGGUUCUAAAUUUUCUAGUGAAUGAGGGCCCCUGUAAAAAUUACAGCCAAUCCCAACAGCAAAUCUACUACAACCUGUAUAACGUUAUCGCUUUCAACGGCUUGAAAAACUAUGUGAUGCUUCAGUUCGCCUAUUUGAUGAGCAGAAUUUCGCAUAAAGGCAAUUAUACCGACCUAUCUGAAAUCGUUAAGGUAAAUUUCGAAAAGCGCGUGAAUGAAACAAUGUCCAUAUUCAGAGGAUUGAUGGAAGUUGUACCUACAGCUACAUGGAACUGCGAUCCGGAAGUUCACGAAAAAGGGCAAACUUAUGAAGAAUUUACCAGAUUACUUCAGGGACACAUCGAAAAUGAAGUGGACAUGAACAAUGGCGGAACUUGCUUGCAAGACUGCUCCGCAUACUCAGCAACCAAGAGCUACGGGUGCUAUGAUAGCGACAGCAAAUACUGCCGUGAAGUAGAGAGAUGCAAUGGGGAUAUUUUAAAUUGCCGAUUUGUCAAAAACCACAUGGAAGUUUGUCCGUCGAAUUCCUCGGAAAGACGAUAUGACUACAUUCAAUACGAGGAAGGGUCAUUGUUGGGCAAAGACAAAACAUGCUGGAGAACACCAAUCAGCAGUUGGUGGCGAUGGCUUGUACGCUGCUCAUAUUGCCUAUGUUUAUGUGACGAACAAGGCCCCAAAUCCGAUAGAUACAUCAGCUUGAGGCCCGUUUUAUCAAAUAUAGCCAGAAAUAGAGUGGUUACUGGAUUGAGAUUCAUCAAGCGCAACAGAGUGAUUCACUUCCAAAUACAAGAAGGCCAGUUACGACCAUAUGGAUACAUAGACAACAAUACCAUCAGAUGGGUUCCAGUUGACGACUAUAAAAUAACCGAGAAAGGCAUUUACAAUAAUGAGGACUACUUCACUAUGUCUAAUGCGCAAAGAAGUUUAGUUUUAGAUGAAGUUACUGUUAAUGACAAAGAUCCGCAAGUGAACCAAGUGGUGACAGGUAUUCGAUUUCAGUUCACGGAAGGAAAACUGCGGGUUCAAGUGCGCAAAAAUAAAUUCAACUGGGAAACGGGUCUUAUAUCAACGUCUGAUGGAAAAUAUGUAAGCAAAGCAAAAGAAGGAAUGUCCAAAGUCGAUUUGAGCAACGCAGAUAUUCCAAUCAACUUGGUCAGUUCAAAAUUGUACUGGGAACAAGACGGUUACGUGGAAUUCACGCACACAGAUUUCAACCUAGAUGCAGCGCAAACGACCAUCCCUUUCAUUGAUAUACAACCUGUGAUUAACGAUCCACCAGUACCGCUAAACGGGGUGGGCAUUUACUACAAGGGCAAUAAGGGACUUGGAGGAUUUGUAGCUCCAAAGAUUCUCACCUACGACUACAGUAAAUUUAUAUUAGUGCGAUUUCCGAUAGCGGAUGUUAGACACGAAGCGGAAAGCUUGGCAUCUAUAUAAUCCGCCAAUGAGCGUUUAAUAGCGCAAAAUAAAUAUAAAAUUUGUA